GUUACCGCUCGCCCCGCUCACUUCUGGCGCGUGGCGGUUCGUUUGCAGCGUCGGCGGAGCCAGUUUAGCGGACGCGCGCCGCCAGCUCUGACCCACUUGGACAGGAGACCGUCAAGAGACGUGUGUCGGCUUGUCCUCCGCAUCGCACGAGCGCGCGCCCCCUAGGAAAAGCAGCCGGAGGGUUUGCACUGAGACCGCUCCGAUAUCACUCUCGGCGCGGACGUUUCGGCGAGAUUCUUGCUCUCCGACUCGCUUUUUAACGGGAGUCUUACCCGUUUUCUCCAUCUGCGGCGAGUUCCGUCCGGAUCUGCAGGAGAUUGUGUGCUCCGGCUACGGCUCCGGAGUCAAAGUCCAGGACCUGCUGACGUGAAGGCGGGCUAGGAAACAUGGCUACCUCAAAACUGGUCACGGGGCUGCUGGCCUUGGCUGCCCUGCUGCCUUUGGCCACUUCGGACUUCGUUCAUGAUCGGCCCAUGCACCGGAUCCGGCGGCAGUCGCCGACGACCAACGUGCACGAGAUCCCGAAGACGUCGUUCAGCUGCUCCGACAAGCAGGCGGGAGAGUACUACGCCGACCCGGAGGUACAGUGCCAGGUGUACCACAUCUGCGUGCCGGGCGUCUCCGGCAAGCUGGCCAAGAUGUCCUUCGUCUGCCCCAACGGCACCAUCUUCAGCCAGUCGUCGCGCGUGUGCUCGCCCUACGACCGCGUCUACUGCGCCCUCGCCGAGCGCUUCUACGAGAACGUGAUGGGCGCCAUCGACACCGACAAGGACUACUACCAUAGCCUCCGCGUCGACGCACCCGUCUUCAACGCCAUCGUGCCGCCGAGCAGCCAAGACCGCCAGGACAAGCGCAGGCGGCCCGUGAGGCCCGUCGUUGAGUACGACGACGACGCCGACUACGACGCCACCACGGCGCCGCCGCCUCCGCCGACUCCCGCGCAGAGACGACGCAACCAGCAACAGUCCACCCAGUCUAGCAGGAGGUUCCAGCCAUCGCAGAGGUCGCAGUUCAGCCGCGGUGGAAGCAGAACACAGAGCACAACCACCACCGCCGCCACGACGACCACGACGACGACCACGACUCAGCGGCCUGCCGCUCCCGCCUUCAGGCCGUCGCCGUUCAGGACCCCCGUGAUCCGCGGUCCUCAGCAGAGCUUCACCCAGCCACCGACUCAGACGGUCCCGACCUUCGGAACCGUGGCGCCGGCGGUCGUCCAGCCGAACCCGUUCUCGCAGUCGCCAGUGAGGUCCCCUCUCGUUCCGGCCGCCGUCUUCCCAGCUAACCCAGUGAGCGGCGGAGCGGGCACUCCACCCGUCGGCCCUCCGCCAAUCCCCACCAACGCCGUCUCCGCCGGCGGUAUCGUCCAGCAAACAGCACCGCCAACCCUGGCACCCCAGCAGCCUCAGAACUUUCCCGGAUCCGCAUUCAGGCUCCCCCAGCGACAGCACCUCAGGAGGCCCGGUGCCAGUCUUGCCACUACCACCACCACGCCGCCGCCGUCGACUGCCGAGUACGAGUACUACGACUACGAGGAGGAAACCAAGACCGCUGCUCCCAGGUCCAAGCGCGCCGCCGCCGUCCCCGUGAAACUCGUGCUGCCGCCCAAUAGGCACGCCUCCGUGGCACAGACCAGCUUCACCUGCCAGGACAAAGUGGCCGGAGGAGUGUACGCCGACCCGGAGACCGACUGCCAGCUCUUCCACAUCUGCGUGCCAGUCGGCAAGGGCAAGCUGCUAGACUACGGCCUGCUCUGCGACGAAGGAACCGCCUUCAACCAGGAGACCGGCACGUGCGACGAGCGCGACAGCUUCUCGUGCGCUCGAAGCCUGCAGUUCACUCGCACCGACAAGACCAAGAAGUUCCUGGCCGACAAGAAGCCCUGGGCGUACCCCAAGUUCAACAAGAGAGUCGUGCGCGACGUCGGAGCCCAGGAGGAUGUGGAGAGCCGCUCCGCCGAGGUCCGGGAACACGGUGAGGAGGAAGGCCUCCUCGUGGCCGCCGUCGAGCUGCCCGUGACGUCGUUCACGUGCGAGGGCAAGACGGUGGGCGGCUACUACGCGGACGUCGAGACCGGCUGCCGCAUGUUCCACAUCUGCGCUCAGACGGACAUGCGCUUCCUGUGCACCAACGGCACGGUAUUCGACCAGAAGGCGCUCGUCUGCAAGAACGAGGAUGAGGUCCGCUGCGAGGACGCGCCGAAGCACUACGUGAACGGGCUGACGCGGUUCUUGGAGCGCCAGAAGCUCAGGCCCGAGGAAGACGCCCGCGAGCAGAUGCGGGCCGACGCGUACGAGAUCACCAAGAUUAAGAACAGGUACCCCAAGAAGGUCGUUCAUUACAAGCUGCGCAGGUAUCUCUAAAGAGAGCGCGCGAUAGAGAGAGAGAGAGACGGUGACGACGACGAAGCGCCCGCCGUCGCUCGUCGCGUUCUCUCAUUUUUUUUCCCUUGCAGUGAUCGAGCACAGUCACGUCGUCAACAGGCUUCGGGGCAUUCUUCGAAGAGACCAGCACUCCGAGCUACGCCGCUCAUUUUCCAUGUCUGAGCUUUAUAUUGCGGAAGGACGCUGUGACAACCAGUACGCUAUGCGCCGCGCGAAGACUUUAUAGCACCCCCCCCCCCCAGCGACUGCUAUGGAACGUAUCUUCUAUAUACCUUCCCACGCGAUGUCGUUAGAGCGUUUAUCCCAGUAGUUAUGCACUUCCUUUACUGCAGUGCGGCAAUCCAACUGUUAACACGUCUGAAAAUUCGCUUUCAUUGGUGUACAGUGCGGUCAGUAACCACACUAAAGAUAUUGCGCCAAUGACUAGAGCAUUCCCUUCACGCAACGCCGAAGGGACGCGUCGCGACGGCGAAAAUACGCUCCAUGUGGUUCUCCUUUAAGCAGCGCGCUAUGUCUGUGUAUUAACAGACGUAAGUGUAGACGUGGGGAAACAACUGCGACGUGAAAUGAGGCCGCAGUCAUACGACUGCCAUUAUACCGUGCGCACGUGUGGAACGCUGCAGUCAUUUCAGUUCACCGCGCGGCGUAACGCAUAGCAGACUGGUCGCCAUGACGUAAUUCUCAAUAAAGCACGCGCCAGUCGGCACGGACACGGUGCAAGACACGGAAAAACGACGCGCGGUUGCUCUGCGUACUCCGUUCCUGCCUCAUGGCCAAGCCGCCGGCGUGCACCUUCCACGAAGAUGAACGUGCCAGCAGCAAUCGAUUCAUCGCUCUGCCCGACGACGUGCCUAUACACUGUGCUGUCAAGUGUACACCAGGAGCCUCUACACCACGGUGGAGUCAUUUGUUCUGGAUUCGGUACAAGGCCGGCGCAAGAUGAAAGUUUCCAGGCCUAGGAUAUUUUUCUCCGGGCACGAUGCCAUAUACGAAGCCGCGAAACACACAUACGCUGCGGCGACUUCACACGCGACAAAGGGUUUGGGAGUCCGGACUUGGGGCACGUCAGGUGCGAUCUGCACACAUUGUUCCGCUUUCACCAAUACUCUGUCUUUGUUUGUGUCAAGCGUCUUAUAUGUUUCUUUUUUUUAUGUACAAUAAAGAAAAUGAAGAAACA